AUUAAUUUUAAAAUCAACAUUUAAUACUACAAUACACGUGUCUUUGAAUUAUGUUUUAAUUUCACAAAUGGUCAAAUAUGCAUUUAGGUGUUCGGGGACAGUUUUUAUAUAAUGGUAUUUAUUAUUGUUAUUAUUAUUAUAAACUUUUUCCAUUUAAAAUGUUUUUUGAAAACGUUGAAAUUAUUGUUUUGCCGCGGCCGCCAAUAAAAUGACACAGAAAGAACCAUAUACGAUUCCAUGACACCGAUUCACUGACUCAGUAUCUUCAUCUCAACUUGCACAAGUCUCGACUCAGUUUUCGAUCUCCUUUUCUUUUCUCUUAAUCAGUAAUUCCCAAUGACUAAAUCUAAUUCUCCCAAAUUAUUUCCCAAUUAAUCCAAUUUCCAAACUAGAAAAACCCUAUAUUGCUUCGCAGGCAUGGCCGGCCAAUCCGAUCCUCACAUCUCUCUCUUGUCUGCCGAAGAGGUGGAAUUAUAUGGCUGAAGAUAAGCUGAUAGAGAUUGUGCCAAAUAUGCGAAUGAAUUCUCUUAAUUUCAUCUGUGGCGAUUUUGGUCCAUUUUUGCCUCAAAUAGCAACUCAGGUGCCGCUGUGGCUAGCGGUGGCGUUAAAGAAGAGAGGAAAAUGUGCGAUUCGGCCUCCUCAGUGGAUGUCAGUUGAAAAUUUGACAUGGGUUUUGGAAGGAGAACGAGACUCCCGAGGGGCAUUUCAGGCGCUGCCAUUUCAUUAUGUGGAGAUAUCUAGACUUCUUUUUGACCAUUCGCGUGAUGACAUUCCUGACAUGUAUAUGGUGAGGUCUCUUAUUGAAGACAUAAGGGAUGUACGGAUUCAUAAAGUUGAGACUAGCUCGGAAAAGUUCAGUGGGACAUCUGCUGUGAAAAUUCCGAAUUUAUCAGCUAUGGAAGUGAAUAUAAUUCGUCCAUUUGUUAGAAGGGUGCUACAGGCAUUUUAUAACCAUGAUAAUCCAGGGAAAAUACCAGAUGUAAAUAGAGCAUACGGUGGACACACCCGUGUAGCUGAUAAUGAGCCAAGACGGCCACUGAGGAGAUAACAAGUCGUUUUUAUAUUUGAUUCCUUUCCUGUAUGGAAACUUCAGCCAGCCAGCAGUGGAGGUACUUAUGUUCUCUUUGAAACACUUUUUGGGGAAUCCUACUUGGUGCAUUUUUCUUUGUAGUUGUGAAAUAAUUGUGGCAUUUGUCUCGAACCCUUGUUGAGUAAAGUCGUUAAUUUAUUGUAAUAGCCAUUAAAAUUAUGAUUUCCCACAAAGCUGUGAGAACCUCAAUACUAAUGGAUUGUAUUAUGGAGAGAAUUCUUGUUAACUGCAACAUCAUUUACUGCAUUAUUCUAAAGCCCUUGUGAUUGCUUUGGUGUCAUCUUUUGGCCUAGGCUUGAUAUUUUGCAUGAGAUGAGAAUGCAGUGGUAAACUAGGAAUAUUGCAUGUUGUUUGUCAUGGAAAAGAUUUAUGAGAAUUUAAGCCAAGUCAGGAGAAGGAUGUUGAUGUGAUUUUCCUUUUUUUUUUUUGGGCGGGGGGGGUUUUAAGAAAAUACAACAUAGGGACAAAUGCAUUUGUUGCAUGUGGCGUCAACGUAGAGAUUGCCUAAGAUGAUCUGAUCAGGGACAAUAACGAGUAAUGCACCAAUAUAGAGUUGUCACUUACGCUAACCAACACAAAGAGUAAACAAAAUCUCAGCUGAGAUAAUCGAAAAACACAAUUGCUGACAAUUUAAAGGAAAAUGUGGCCCUAUAGAGCUUAGUGGUGGAAAGUGAUGUAUCCUAGAUGGUGCUCUAUUUUUAUUUUCAGUAUUCAUUUUAUAUAUACUUCAUUGUUGGACAGUUCCUGAUUGAUUAUUAUUCAUCUAUCUAGCAAAAAACUUUUGCUUGGUGUUAUUUAUCGAGGAAUUGCAAUUUGGAUGUAAACGACUGGGUUAUUGUUGUCUGGGGCGUACCUUUCUCUCAAGUACACCUUUUCUUGUUCUGUUUGAACAGAAUCUCCUUUUCAUCUUGAAUGCUAGAGUAGGCAUUCCUGAAAAUUAGCAUUUCCAUUUAUUUAAUUUAGUAGAAUUAGUAUGGGGAGGUUGUUUGAUAUGUAAAACUUGAAGCCCCGUCGAAGAGGUCCAAAAGCUUAUUCCUUUUGUCCAUCACAUCCAUUGUGCCAAAUGUCUAUCCUUUGCGCCAGGAGUCACAAAAGAGAAUCCAUCUUGUUUUUAGAAAAGAUGGGGAUCGAAGACGAGCAGAGAGGUCUGCAUUGUCCCAAGAAGCCAGGUAAAGAACUCCGGAAAAGUAUCUCAUUUUUCCUUAUCUGACCCACUACCCCUAAGGGGAUAUUAAAGUAGUGUUAGUUUGCACAUGCUCUAGGUCCUCUAGACUUUCUGUCUUCAGUGUAAGCUUAAACUAUAAAUCAUAAAUAAAGGAAAAAGGAUGGUUAUUAUGCACAACUACCUUGGAGAGCAAAAUAUCAAAUAAAUAUUUUAUGGGGAGAGGGAAUACAGAUGAUAAGUUAAACGAAAUGAAUCUUUAACUAAUUUAGAGUUUAGUUUAAUUAGUUUGUAUAAUUAUUUUUAAUAG